CCACGGCGGCGAACUGUGUUUGUGGCACUCGAAUUUGGGACACAUUCCUGUAAAGGACGCAGCUCCGGUCAGCUGCUGUUUUGCAGUUUUGUGCGAAACAGAAAAAGAUACAAAUAAAUAAAUAAAUAGUAAAAACGCGCGCGUUGUAAAUUGAAGAAAACUUAAAGAAAAUUAAAAUAUAAAUCAAAACGAAACAAUAUUAAAGUGUGAAAUAAACUCGGAAAAUAGUGGAAUAACAUGUUGAAUAUCUAAGAUAUUCGAAUAUAUAUCUGUGAGUGUUUUUAUCGAUUUGCAUGGGUGCCGCUGAAAAAUCGAUUAUUAAAGCCAAAGCCCAGUGGCCACUUUCCACUCACUCACACAGCUGGUGGUUGUUGUUAUUGUGGUUGUGAGGUGGCAUUAAGGGUGGCGGCGGUUGCAUAGAAGAGGGUUGCGUGCCGCAAUGUGGGAAAUCAACAGCAGGAGAAGCAGCAGCAGUAGCAGUGGCAGUGGCCGUACAGGCAGGAGCAGCACCAGCGACACACUUCCAACUGUUUUGACGUCGUCGAGUUCCAAUGGCGCUGCUUCCACCGAAUGCUGCAGCGCAGCCUUGCAGCCAUCCAGCGGCGACGCGUUGCAUGUGCAGCAGCAGCAGCAGCAACAGCAACAACAGCAAAAACAGCAACAGCAGCAGCAGCAGGAUACGAAAGCGAGGAUGACAACGACCACAAGCACCAAAGGACACAGAUACAGAAACAGUCACAGUCACCGAUACACAGCAACAAUUGCUGCACAAUAGCCCCGCAAUCGCAACAGCAACAUAUUGUGGCCAAGAAAAACAUAAACAAAUAUUCCGAAAAAUCAAAAGACCAUUAAAAAACUAUAAGCAACAAAAUAGAUCGCAUAAAAUCAUUUAAUAAACAAUCUCCAGGAUAUGGCACAAAAGUUACGUUGAGUAUACGACGCGUAUUUCCAGCUGCAAAACGAACCAAAAACGAGCCCCGAAACGAAACGAAACGCACAGGUGCAUCUCACAAGAGCCCCCCCUGAGCCCCCUUCCCGCUCCGGUAUCUACACCAAUUGACAAGCAAUCGAAGGAAUUAACAAAACACAUUGUUUAUUAGUCUCGGCAAUUUUUUAAGUGCACUUUCGUAAGGCUGAUUUUGAAUUUAUUUCGAUGUUGUGCUUCUACACCCCUCUAAAAAAAAAAAAAUACACAAAAAAUAAAGGCAAGCAAUGAACCAAGUGAAAGUGAGCAGUGAGUGAUUAGUGAUUAAGCCGAGGCACACGAAUCCCUCAGAUACUUUUGAAUCUUUGCGAGUCUGGGUUAGGAAACGGCCGCCACAACGGAUAGGCCAAGAGACCUCCUGCUGAUCCAGCAGGCCAAGCCCGCGGGCAGUGGCAGCAGCUCGAGCUCCAGCUCCUCCUCAGCCAGAUCCACUUCAUCCUCCACCUCCUCCUCGGGUGGAGGUCAGGUGUAUAUCGACACCGAUGCCGCCACAGCGGCGGCAGUGGCCAAUCUGCGCAGCAAGGUGCCUUCCAUAUCGAUAAUUCCGCUG